AUGGGAGUAACUGGGUUGUGGAGGUUGAUUGAAAAGUCUGGUAAACCAGUACCUCUGGAAACUCUAGAAGGCAAAAUUCUUGCUAUAGAUAUAUCAAUUUGGAUCCAUCAGGCGUUGCAGGGUUAUCAAGAUCGUCGAGGACAUGCAGUUCCUAAUGCACAUUUAUUGCUUUUAUUUAAACGUAUAUGCAAGCUUUUGCAUUAUAGAAUAAAACCAGUAUUUAUUUUUGAUGGUGCUUUGGCGGCUGGAAAAGCUGAAAAAGUUAAGAAUGAUCUAUUGCAUAACUUGAUGAAAGUGUCAUUGGUAAAAGCUGUGACGUCUAAAAGCAACAAUGACGACCAAGAACAAUCUCAAGGUUCGUCGAGACAGAUUAAGCAAGUUGAUAACAUGUUCAAGUUGCCCGAUUUACCGGACAAUUUAUCAGAUCAUGAGUCCAGUGACGAAGAGUCCGGGCGUCGAUUGAGUCCUCGCAAGCAGGCAAGGUGGAAAGGUAAUAUUCAUCAGGUUGAUAUUAAUAAUGAUGAUUUUCGAGCACUACCAGCAGACGUUCGUUAUGAUAUUCUAACCGAUCUGAAGGAUACGCGUAAGCAAAAUUCUUGGGGACGUUUUAAAGAGAUGCCGCAGGAUUCCCAGCUGUUUUCUAGCUAUCAAAUGAAUCGAUUGCUGAAACGUAGAAAGGUCCAAGAGUCUUUGGAGAUUGCGGAAAAAGAAAUGGGUGGUAAGACACUUACUUUGGAUGAGCUAGAAAAAUUAUUAAAAGAUCAGGGAGUCGAUACAAAGGGUAGAGACGAUACUGCUUUUCGGAUAGCUUCUAAUAGUACUACGCGCUUGGUUUAUGUCAAUGAUCUCAAGGCUCUGAAGUCGAGUCAAGAGGCAAUUGAUGCUAAAGCUAAAGAUAUCGGUCAAUCUCAAUCAGGUGAUUCGAAAUUAUCUGUUCCAAGUGAGCUUUCACAGACGAGUGAUGAUUCGAAACUUUCUGCAGUUAGUGAGCCUGGUUGUUCGCAGAUGAAUUUAUCUGACGAUGAUUCAAAAUUAUCUUUAAUCAAUGAACCUGGUUGUUCACAGAUGAAUGGUGAAGAUUUAAAUUUACCUGUAGAUAAAAAUCUUAAAGUCCUGAAUGAUAUCGAUGCAUAUGAUUUGGAAGAUGAUUGGGAAGAAGAAAUAGCAAUAAAUGAAAAACCCGUCGAAUCUCCUGCAGUUAAAAAAUAUUUUGGUAAACCUGCUAAUCCUGUGUUGGCUUAUAUGCAAGCACAGUGGGGCUUGUCGCAUGAAAAAAUUCUUGAGUUUUUAGAGCACAGAGAUAAAAAUAAUUCGCCGGAUUUAAAUCAAAGUACAAACGCGGGUAAAAGAAAGACGCCUAGUGGUGGUAAAUUAUUUUUUGGUAGAAGAAAAAAAUCUAGAACUGAUUCAGAGUCUAGUUUCGAGUCGGUUAAAAUUGAAGAAGUUUCUACCCCGGAAGUAAUAGUUGAAGAAAACACACUAGUGUCUGAUGAUAAAGUUGAAACGAUUAGUAGUUCUUCAGAUUCUGAUGACUUUGUAGAAGUACAAGACGUUCCUAUUCCUCAGAUUAAAACGGAGAAAAAACUUGAAGUUACUGUUAAGCCUGUUGAUCUAUUGGAUGAAGAAGAAGAUAUGUUUGCUGAUGUUUUUAAAGAUGAAGCUGUAAAAACUAAUCAAAAGUUAGAUAAAACUGAAAUUGUAAAAACUAAUAAAAAGACGGAUGAUGAAGAUAUGUUUGCUGAUGUAUUUAAUAAUAAAAUUCUAAAUGAAUCAUCAGAUUCAUCGACAAGUAAAUUAGAUACCAUUGAUCUUGAUUCGUCUGCUGAUUCUUCCUUAGUAAUUAAAUUACCAGCUCAAGUAACUCCUUUGAAAAGAAAAUCAGUAGAUUCUAUAAAACCCGAUAAAAUUAAUUUAGAAAUAGAAGAAAAGGAAAUUGUUUAUAAAACUCCAGAAAAAUUAAUUGAUCAAAUACCAGAAGAAGAAAUAAAUAAAAGCGAAAAUAUAGAAAUUAAAAAUGUACCAGAAUUAGUGACAAAAAAUAAAGAAGCUGAUAUUUUGUUAGAAGAGAUUGAAGUUCAAGAACCAUCUGAAGAAAUCGUAGUCAAAAAAAAAUCUAACAAAGUAGAGCAAAUAAUAUCUGGCCUUGAAAAUACUAAAGAAGAAUUAAUAAAUAAAAUGAACAAAAGAGAAGAGUUGUCGGAAAUGAAAUCGCAGUUAGAAAAUGAAAAUCAAGAAUUAAGAAGUGAAAUUGGAAAGUUAGAAAGACAAUCAUUGGAAGUAACUGAUCAAAUGCGUUGUGAUGCUCAAGAUCUUUUACGACUAUUCGGUAUUCCGUAUUUGGUAGCUCCUCAGGAAGCCGAAGCUCAGUGCGCGUAUUUAGAAAUUCUUAAUUUGACUGAUGGAACUAUCACAGACGAUUCUGAUAUCUGGUUAUUCGGCGGUCGCUGUGUCUACAAAGAUUUUUUCAAUAACCAAAAAGAAGUCUAUGAAUACCGAUCAAAAGACAUUGAGCAUCACUUUAAACUAACGAGAAAACAAAUGAUCCAAUUGGCUUUCUUAGUGGGAAGUGAUUACACGAUAGGACUUACAGGAGUUGGUACUGUAACAGCAAUGGAGAUAAUUGCCAAUUUUCCAUCAGAAGGUGAUGAUAUUCUCCGGGGUUUAAUGAACUUUUCUGCGUGGCUUCGUGGUGGGACAUUAAGAACCGAGCCGGGAAGAACUGUGCUGAGGAAUAAAUUAAAAAAUGUCACUGUUGAUCAGGGAUUUCCCAGCCAAGCUGUCGCGCAGGCUUAUUUAUUUCCUACGGUCGACGAGAGCAAAGAAGCUUUCAGUUGGAGUAAACCUAACUUAGUUCUACUGCAAGACUACACGAGAGAAAAAUUUGGCUGGUCUAGACUCAAGUUUGAAGAAACUAUGGCGCCUGUGAUGAAACGAUUGUUGGACAACAAGUCGCAGAAGAAUAUUAUGGCUUACUUCAAGGUUAGCACGGUGCCCAAGUCCAUUGAGGAAAAAUUAAGCAAGCGGGUGCAGAAAGCCGUCAGGAAAAUUGGAGCUCAGGAUGUUGAUGAUGCAGAUCUGGUCGAAGAAGCUGAUCAAGAAGAUAAUGAAGAACAAGGAGUUAAGAAGCGUAGAACUUAUAAAAAGAAAACAAAAAUUCCUGAGUUACUUGAUCCGAAUAAAGGAAGUGUUGAUGGAGAGACUAAGGAAGAAAGGAUAAAACGAAUAAAAGAACAGGAAAAAUUGCAGGAAGUUAUUCCGCAAAGAGAAAAAGACAAAGCGGAAGCGUUGGAAAAAAAAUUAAAAGCCAUUGAAGUAUUUAGAAAAUCUAGAGCUGGGCCUGGAAAUUCCGGGAAAAAAUCUUUACGUAAAAAAAGAACUAUUAAAAAAGAUGCGGAGCUUUCCGAGUCCGGUGAUAAUUUACAAUUUUAA